AUGGCGAAGCAGUCCAGCACGAGGAUUGACCGUGCUCUGAUCUCGCGGUCGCUGCUUCUCGGCCUGGAGUCAGCAUCGCAUAAGUCACCUGACGACCCGAUCUCGGACCAUGGCUUUGCCAUCAGAGUGGCCUUCCGCUGUGGCGCUAACGCGAAGCUUGGUCCGGGUGUCUGGAGAUUUCCAUCCCACCUGCUCAACAGACCGGGGGUAAGGAAAGUGGUUGAAGCAGCGGCGAAGCAGUCAGGAGGGGACUAUGUUCUGCUACUGGCUCGACUGAAUGCGGGACUCCGCGCCUAUGCUAAGGAGGAAGGAAAGAGAGUUAAGGCGACAAUGAGACACCUGUCCGCGGCGGUGGCAAACCUAAAGCAGGCGGCCAUGGGAGCUCCCAACUGCACACGCACGAGAGAGCUCCUAAGAGCAAAGGAGAGUCAACUGCGGGAGUAUCAAGCAUCACGACGGGACAGACUCCAUCUGAUGGCUGGUUAUGGGACAGAGCUCAAGGGGGAGGUGGUCUCGAAGCACCUGUCGGCAAGGGUGAAGGCCAGGAAACAGCGCACGCGGAUAGCUGAGUUAAAUGUCAACGGCACGAUGGUGUGCGACAAGCAGGGUAUUCUAGAUGCGGCUGCCGAUUUCUUCAACGGGCUCUUCGGAACGGAUAAACGGACUCACCGAACAAGUUGGUUACCGGACCGGAGGCUGUCGGCAGAAGAGGCGGAGGGACUGGCUCAGGAUUGGUCGGAGCAGGAAGUUAAAAAUGCUUUCAAGGCGUUGGCGUGCGGUAAGUCGCCGGGCUUGGACGGGAUCCCGAAAGAGCUGUUCGAGCUGCAUUGGGACAUCCUAGGAGAGUGCUUCAUGAGCCUGGCGCGCUCCUUCGAAGCUUCUGCAUCGCUGCCUGCAAACACCAAGGAGGCGGUUACGAUCUUGCUACACAAGAAGGGCGACAAGGGCCAAAUAAGCAACUACCGGCCUAUUACGCUUUUGAACUUCACUUACAAAGUACUGGCGAAAGUGGUGGCGGACCGGAUGAAGAAGGUGCUGCACCGGGUGAUCUCGAGGGAGCAGUACGGUUUCAUACCGGGCCGGAGAUUGUCAGAUGCGGUCAGCCUGGUGGCGGACAUCAUUGAUGCUGCAAACAAAGGGGACAAGGACUGGUUUUUGCUGCUGGUGGAUUUCCAAAAAGCCUUCGACACUGUUUCCCGGGGCUUCCUUUUUGAGACGCUGGAGAAGAUGGGCUUCCCUCCGAGUUAUGUGGGCUGGGUGAGGGGCCUGCACAAGGAAACGAAAACAAGGCUGUUAAUUAACGGAUGGAAGAGCGACGCCUUGGAGGUGGUUUCGGGGGUGCGGCAGGGAUGUCCUCUCGCACCUUACCUUUUCAUCUGUGCGGUGGAACCUCUGGCCCAGGAAGCGGCGAAGAGGCAGUUGGGCAUUGUCACUGACUCGGGGAGGAGGCUGCCUUACCUGGGUUAUGCGGACGAUACCACGCUUCUGCUGCAGGGGAGGGAGCAGAUUGCAGAGGCAGGGAAAAUGCUGGACUAUUUCGAGCGUGUUUCUGGUUUGGCCACAAACAAGGAUAAGUCGGUGGUGAUGCCGCUGGGCAGAAAUCUUGGAGGUCGUCCUUGGAGGCCGGACGGUUUCAAGUGGGCCGGUGCAAAUGAUGCGGAGAGACUGCUCGGGGUCUGGGUCACCGCCUCAGGCGACUGCAAGGCGACAUGGGACAAGACACUGCUGAGACUUCUGGGGGAAAUGGGGAAAUGGGAGCUGAAGUACCUCACGAUUACGGCGAGGGCGGUUGUCAUCAAUGGUUACAUUACCCCGAUCAUCGCCUUCCAGGCGCAGGUUUACCCGCCGCCGCAGGAGGUCUGGGGUCGGAUAUCGAAGCUGAUUCAUAAUUUCCUCUCGGGCAAUCACGCGUCGGAGGAGGGGUGUUUCAUCCUGUGGGGGAGGGAAACAAUAUUCGCAACACGGGAGGAGGGAGGAGUUGGUGUGAAGGACCCGGGGGUUCUGGUCACCUGUCUGGCCGCUAGAAGGAUCGGAAUCCUGCUCACCGAGCCGGAUGAUUUCAAACGAGACAUGAUGCUCGCAGCAGCAGGCCUGCCGCUGGGACUGGAUACUUUCCUAUCGCAUGAGAAGCUGUUAAAACACUGGGUUGAGGGGAGCGCGCGAUGGAAGCAAACCUGCGAAUGUUUCAUGGCGUCGCCGUUCGCUUCGGUCAGCAUGCCUCUCACCGCAGCAGAAGUUGCCGCAGAGAGAUUGGUUUUCAACAGAGGCAUUCUGCUUAACGGGAGAACGCCGGUUGGGGGACAGAAGGCUGCUAAGGCGCUUUGGGAGAUCAAGCUGGGGGACCUGGUGGCGCCCAUGGCGAACGGUGGGAUGGCAGUAAAGAGCGAGGAGACCCUAGCAUUGUCGCUUGGAACAGCUUCUGCUCGGCUGGCGCUGAAGGGGCUGGCUGCCGCGCCUGAGAACUGGAGGGAGCUGCUGCUCGCCUCAUCGGAAGGAAAUCAGGGCGCAGGCACGGGGGGAAAGGCAGCUGUAGCCCCUGGGGCCACGUUCAAGUCGCGCGAGGAUCACAGGAAGCAGCAAGAGCUCGAAGAGGCGCGUAAGGCGGGGUUGGCGCCAGCCGAGUUGGACGAGGAUGGCAACGAGAUCAAUCCGCAUAUCCCGCAGUACAUGUCGUCCGCGCCAUGGUACCUCAACGCCGAACGACCUAGUUUGAAGCAUCAACGGAACUGGAAGGGCGAGGGGAACUACACCAACCUGUGGUACGACAGAGGAGCCAAGGGCUUUCAAGCCGAGAAAUACCGCAAGGGCGCCUGCACCAACUGUGGCGCCAUGACCCAUACCGCCAAGCUAUGUGUGGAGCGGCCGAGGAAGGUGGGUGCCAAGUGGACGAGCCAGAGCAUCGCAGCGGACGAGAAGAUCCAGUCGAUCGAACUCAACUACGAGGGCAAACGCGACCGCUGGAACGGGUUUGAUGCUGCCACGUACAAGCGAACCAUGGAUUCGUAUGACAUCCGGGCCGAAGCGAGGAAGAAGUUUCAGAAGGAGCAGCAGCUGAAGAAGCUUGCUGGGAAGGGGGGUGAUGGGGAGGGAGGGGGGAAGGAGGGAGGAGGGAAGGAGGGAGAGGGAAGGGAGGGGGGAGAGGAGGAAGAGGAGGAGGAGGAGGAGGAUGAUGCGAAGGUUGAUGAGAGCAGGCAGAUGGACUUCGGGAAGGUGGAGAAGCGUGUGAGGACGACCGGUGGUGGCAGCACAGGUUCAGUGCGAAACCUGCGUAUUCGUGAGGACACGGCGAAAUACCUUCUCAAUCUGGAUGUGGAUUCGGCUUAUUACGAUCCGAAGACCCGCUCCAUGCGAGAGGAUCCCAACCCAGAAGGAGACGCCAAGGAUAAAUUUUAUCUGGGAGACAACCACAACCGCAUCAGCGGGCAGGCCCUGGAGUUCCGCCAGCUGACCGUGCACGCGUGGGAAGCCAUGGAGAAGGUCAACGUGGACGUGCACUUACAGGGCGCGCCGAGCCAGGCUGAGCUGCUGCACCGGGAGUUUAAGGUCAAAAAGGAGAAGCUGAAGGGGGCGAGUAAGGAGUCGGUUCUGGCUAAGUAUGGGAACGCGGCGAGUAAUAAGGGGGCAGAGGAGGAGGGGAUUCCGGAGGAGCUGCUGCUGGGGCAGACGGAGGUGCAAGUGGAGUAUGACCGAGCGGGACGACCACUCAGAGGAGUGGACAAGGCAGUGCCAUGCAGUCGGUAUGAAGAAGACGUAUUAGUCAACAACCACACAGCCGUGUGGGGCAGCUGGUGGGGCGGGGGCGUGUGGGGGUACGCGUGCUGCCACCAGACCACUCGCAUGAGCUACUGCACGGGGGCCAGCGGCAUCGCUGCUGCCGAGGCUUCAGCCAAUCUGAUGCAGGCGAACAUGGAAAGGCGCGAGCAGCUGAAGGCAGCUAAAGAAGCAGAAGGCAGUGAGGGAGAGGAGGCGGAGGAGGAGGGAGCGGGCAAGGCCAAGCGCACAGAGGAGAAGAAAGGAGUUGCGUGGGGCACAGACGCGGAUAUGGAUCUCAAGCUGGAUAAGAAGAAGCUCAAGGCGGCUCUUAAGAGGGAGGAUGAACUUGCUCGGGAGGAGAAGGACGAGCGCAAGCGCAAGUACAAUGUUACAUAUUCCGACGAUGUGACGGAGGAGGACAUGGAGGCAUACCGAAUGAAGCGAAUCCAUGCAGAAGACCCCAUGCUUGCUUUCCUAGGCAAGGAUGACGAAGAUGACGCCUAG